CGGGGCCACGCUGCGGGCCCGGGCCAUGGCCGCCUCCGAUGCCGAGCAGGCAGUUCCAGCUAAGGGGGAGACUAAGCAGGAUUGCUGUAUGAAAACCGAGCUGCUGAGAGAAGAGAUCCUGAUGGCUGCCGACGAAGGCUCAGCAGAGAAGCAGGCAGGAGAGGCCCACGUGGCUGCAGAUGGUGAGACCAACGGGUCUUGUGAAAAAGGCGAUAGCAGCAGCCACCCGAAUGCAGGAAGACACAUUCAGGAGAACGCAAAAAUCAGCCCACAGGAAGGUACCAAUAAACUAACCCGAAUAGCGGAAAACGGGAUUUCAGAAAGAGACACAGAAGUGGGGAAGGAAAACCAUGUUGCAGCAGAUGACUUUAUGCAGACUUCUGUCAUGGGCAGCAACGGAUACUUCUUACAUAAACCGGCCUUGCAGGGGCAGCCCUUGAGGACUACCAGCACUCUGGCCUCCUCGCUUCCUGGCCAUGCUGCAAAAACCCUUCCUGGAGGGGCUGGAAAAGGCAGGACUCCAAGUGCUUUUCCUCAUAUGCCAGCCGCUGCACCAGCUGUGCCUGGGGAGGGGAGCACAGAUGCAGAGGAACGAAAGCCCACGGCCCCUGGUGCUGACGUCAAGGUUCACCGGGCACGCAAGACCAUGCCAAAAUCCAUCUUGGGCCUGCAUGCAGCCAGUAAGGAUCCCAGAGAAGUUCGAGAAGCUAGAGAUCAUAAGGAGCCAAAGGAGGAGAUCAACAAAAGCGUUUCUGACUUCGGACGGCAGCAGCUUUUACCUCCCUUCCCACCCCUUCAUCAGUCACUACCUCAGAACCAGUGCUACAUGGGCACCACAAAACCACAGACAGCUUGCUUGCCUUUUGUUUUAGCAGCUGCAGUAUCUCGGAAGAAAAAACGAAGAAUGGGAACCUAUAGCCUGGUUCCUAAGAAAAAGACCAAAGUAUUAAAACAGAGGACGGUGAUUGAGAUGUUUAAGAGUAUAACUCAUUCCACUGUGGGUUCCAAGGGUGAGAAGGACCUGGGUGACAGCACUCUUCACGUGAAUGGGGAAAGCUUGGAGCUGGACUCAGAGGAGGACGACUCAGAGGAGCUGGAGGACGAAGACGAUCACCGAGCUGAGCAGGCAGCUGCAUUCCCCACUGAGGACAGCAGGACUUCUAAAGAGAGCACGUCUGAAACGGACCGCAUCCACAAGCUGGAUGGUGAGUCUGAGGAGGAACAGGAGUCCGCUGACACUGGGGAGGAAGAGGAAGGCGGAGACGAGUCUGAUUUGAGUUCAGAAUCCAGCAUCAAGAAGAAAUUUCUCAAGAGGAAGGGGAAAACUGACAGCCCCUGGAUCAAGCCGGCUAGGAAAAGGCGGCGGAGAAAUAAAAAGAAGCCAAGCAGCGUUCUGGGUUCUGAGGCAUGUAAAUCAUCUUCAGGAAGCACAGAGCAGAUGGCACCAGGAGACAGCACGGGAUAUAUGGAAGUUUCUCUGGACUCCCUGGAUCUUCGUGUCAAAGGGAUUCUGUCCUCACAAGCGGAAGGGCUGUCCAAUGGUCCAGAUGCACUGGAGACAGACAGCCUCCAGGAAGUGCCUCUCUGCAGCUGCCGGAUGGAAACCCCAAAGAGCCGAGAGAUCACCACCCUGGCCAAUAACCAGUGCAUGGCUACUGAAAGCGUGGAUCAUGAACUGGGCCGGUGCACAAACAGCGUGGUCAAGUACGAGCUGAUGCGCCCAUCCAACAAGGCACCGCUCCUGGUGCUGUGUGAAGACCACCGGGGCCGCAUGGUGAAGCACCAGUGUUGUCCUGGCUGUGGCUACUUCUGCACGGCGGGUAAUUUUAUGGAAUGUCAGCCUGAGAGCAGCAUCUCUCACCGUUUCCACAAAGACUGUGCCUCUCGAGUCAAUAACGCCAGCUAUUGUCCCCACUGCGGGGAAGAGACCUCCAAGGCCAAAGAGGUGACAAUAGCAAAAGCAGACACCACUUCCAUGGUGACACUGGCCCCCGGGCAGGAGAAGAGCUCAGCCGUGGAGGGCAGGGCCGACACCACUACGGGCAGUGCUGCUGGACCACUGCUCUCAGAGGAUGACAAGCCACAGAGCGCAGCUCCCCAGGUGCUGGAGGGCUUCGAUCCUGCGGGGCCGGCUGGGCUCGUGAGGCCAACCUCUGGCCUCUCCCAAACACCAGGGAAGGAGACCUUGGAGAGUGCACUAGUUGCUCUGGACUCGGAAAAGCCCAAGAAGCUUCGCUUCCACCCAAAGCAGCUGUACUUCUCCGCCAGGCAAGGGGAGCUUCAGAAGGUGCUCCUCAUGCUGGUUGAUGGAAUCGAUCCCAACUUCAAAAUGGAGCACCAGAGCAAGCGCUCGCCCUUGCACGCCGCGGCGGAGGCUGGCCACGUGGACAUCUGCCACAUGCUGGUUCAGGCGGGCGCUAACAUUGACACCUGCUCAGAAGACCAGAGGACCCCACUGAUGGAGGCAGCAGAAAACAACCACUUGGAAGCAGUGAAGUACCUCAUCAAGGCUGGGGCACUAGUGGAUCCUAAGGGGGCAGUUUCCCAGCCUUCUCACAGAGAGCUGCACCGAAGCAGAGCCCCUGAGCUGAAGACAAGGUGCUUAGGGCCCUUCUGAGACAGCUGGAGCCUUCAGGACCACAGGCUGGGAGGGAGGGAUGUGGGCAGAUGCCUGCAGUGCCCCCACUUGCUGACGGACCAGAAGAAAGGGCUGGGGUUGGCGAUGGGGAUGAAGACUAAUCCGUAGAAACGAUUCAGUCUAGGGCAACAUCAAACUGUCCAACAUGUGUAAUUGGAGUCCCAGAAAGUCAGUUUUUGGAGAGAGAAGACCCAGUAGAAAAAAAGGUAUGGAAGAAAUAGUGGUCAUAAAAUUCCCAGAUUUGGAGAAAAACAGCAACCUGCAGAUCCGGGAAACUUGGCAAACCCCAAGCAGGAUAAAUGCCAAGAACACCACGUGUAAAUAUGUCAUGCUGAAAUUGCUGAUCACCAGAAAUAGGAAGAUCUGAAGAGUAACCGGAGAAAAAGGACACAUUACAGACAGACCACACCGUGAAAUAUUCUGACUUCUCAUCUGAAAUGGUAGAGGCUUUGAGACCAGUGGAGUGACGUUGUUAUUGUGCUGAAGUAAGAAAACCUAAAAAGAAAAAGUCAGCCCAGAAUGCCACAUCCAGUGAAAGUACCCUUCAGAGAAUGAGUAAAUAAAACAUGUUUGGGUUAAAGAAAAAAAAAGGGGGGUAAGCUUCACCUGCAGAUUUACACUAGAAGGGAUACUGAAGUUACCAGAAGGAAAACUCAGCCCUUUGGGAAUGAUCGAAAGCACCAGAAAUGGAGUGUGCGAUGGCAACAGCACAAAGGCAGGCGCUGUGUACAUGAGCCACGCUGCUGAGGGCUGCUUUACAGGGGAGGUGUCGCGGUACUCAUCUAAGUAGACCUAUGGGCUAAAGAUGGAUAUUGUGAAUAUCCCUGGAGAAAUUACUGAGAAAAUGAAAAGAAAUACAGCCUCGUGGGAAAAAAGCUAGCAGAAGAAAUAAAAUGGAAUACUGAAAAAUAACUUGCACAACUAAAAUGUAGGAAAAGGGAAUAAGAGCAGAUGGACAGGUAGAAAACAAAUAGUAAAGGUAUAGCUUUAACCCUAAUUGUGUCAGCAAUUAUAGUGCAUGCACAGACUAAACUCUCCGCUUACAAGGCAGAGAUUUGUCUUACUGGAUGAAAAAGCGAGAACCAGCUGUGUCUUCCUGCAGUGUACAUGCUUUAAGUAUGAAGACAUGGUAUGGUAAAGUGGAAAGGACAGAAAACAUGCUGUGCAGAUUGUUAGCAUAAAAAUUAAAUGUGAAAGGCAGAACGACAAGCAUUUAGAAUGUCAUGGGGAAGGUCAUCUCUGUGAUUCCGUUGUAGGGAAGGGUUUCUUAAGACACAAAAGUACAGUCAUGACUGAUAUAAAGUCAAGUGCGUGCAUGCAAAUUUAUGAAUUUCUGUUCAACAAAAGAUGUCACAAAGUACACGAAAGUCCAUGCUACCACCUGGGAGGAGGCAUCGCAGCCCAGCAAAGGUUCAUGUCCAAAAAGCACAAAGAAUUCCUGCAAAUGAGAUAAAAGAAAAUAACUCUAAGGAAAAAUGAGCAAAGAACAUAGGCAGUCUGCAGAAGGGGAAACACCAGUGACCAGCAAGCAUGUGAAAAAGUGCCAGCCUUUUUAAAGUGGGACUGAGAUGCUAUUUUAUAGUCAUUGGAUUACAUAAAGUCUUGAAAAUACCUGGCUUUGGAAGACACUGGGCAGCCAGCACAUUCAUGCCCACUGGUGGGGUGGGGCUUGCAGGUCACCCUGGAGAGCAGUUUGUCCUGACCGGUAAAUCCAAAAGUUUGUGUUGCCUAAAACCCAGCAAUUCUCAAGUAUUGUGAUAUGCCCACGUUCAGCUCUGGGGUCUGCCAGUAAUAUAAACAAGAGCACACAGUGCAGUAUUCAGUGUGCCUUGAACUAGCAAAAGUGUCAGAAACAGCGGGUGUUCCUCAGCUAGGAAUACAUAAGCUGGAAAUAGUUUUACAUCAGUUAAAAUAAACGAGCAAGUGCUACCUGUUAUCUACAAAGAUAGAACUCAAAAGAACAAUGUUGCACUAAAUACGAAUUGCAGGAUACAGUAUGACAGACAAUUUUUAAAAAUGUAAAACUGUCAUUUAUGGAUACAUAUCAGGAGAUGCAACAGAAGGAUAAAUACUGAACUCAGGACAGUGACUACCUCUGAGCAGGGGAAGAAAGGAAGUGGGACAGGAGUGCUUUGUGGGGUGUUUCCUAAGAUGGGCAGCGGGGUUGCGGGUUUCAGGGUCAUGAACUUUUGUUUGUGUGCCUGAAGAUAUUGGAAGUAGCCCCUAAAUGAACCAGGCUAUGACCUCUCCCUGCCUGCAGCCCCCGCCUUUGACCACCUUUACAUCUUAUUCCUGUGUGUUCCCUUGGCUGGAGGACCUCAGUCCCCUUCACUCCUGAGACCACCCCACACCUCUCCUUGGCCGCUGCCCUCCCCUGCCUCGUGUCACAGGUCCCAGUGCCGUCUGCCUCGCUCACAAAGGGUCCCUCUUCUCACAUGUAUCAUUUUAUCUGCCAGCCACAGAUGUGCAGGUCUCAGUGUGUCUGUCACAUAUGGCUGUUUCUGCUCAUAAGACGUGUCGCAGUCUUCCUGUGUUUAGGGGCUCAUCAGACUGUACCUAUUGUAAUGAUCGAGGAUACCUGAAAAUAAGAUAAACGUUUAAACUAGCCACCAUACAUUUUGUAUUUAUAAUAAAAUUACAAUUCUGAACACCA